CAGGGUCCAGAGAAGAGGUGCAGGGCUGUCGGGGGGUCUGGGGUGGGUGUCCAGCUGGGUGUGAGGCUCCCCGGGCCGGCAGCCCUCGCUGGCCGGGGAUGCUGAGCGGGGCUGGGCAUGGGGAGGGGGUUUGGGGUUUCCUCCCGGCGCUGGAAGCCCAGCCCAGGAAAUUCUUCCGGGCAGCCUCUCAAGCCCCUCUUUGUGCUCUUGGGAUUUUUAACAUUCCCGGCGGCUGCGGACGGGGUGCCCGGUGCCGGACGGGGUGCCCGGUUCCAGAUGGGCUGCCCAGCUCCCCCAGGCUGUGGCGGGAUGGGAUCUGGUGUGGAUUUAGGAGAUGCGGCUGCCCAUUCCCGCCCAUCAAAUCGGAGCCAAGGCUGCGCCGCUCACCGGGGUGGCGCGGGGGCCCUGUGCUACCCCCGGGGGAUCCUCAGCGUCCUUUACCGGUGUGGAUUUGCUGUGGGAUGAAGGACCGGGGCUGCUGGUCCUCGCUGGGUGUCGGACGCUGCUGUGGUGAGCAGCAGAGCCCGUCCCUCGCUGCCACAUCCUCCCCUCCAAACCCCACCGGCUCGGCUCUGCCAGGCCACAGCGCCGGCCUUGCUGCCAAGGCGUCACCGAGUUCUUGCCUCGCUCCAGCUCCUGGGAACGACCUUGGCUGUCUCAGCUGCACCACCGGGUGCCUGGGACCCCCUGGGCGCGGGGAGGAAGCUGCCAGCCCUGGGGGACAAGAGGAAGCGGUGGUGGCUGGUGACACCCUGCGAGGACCUGGGUCCCCUCCCCGGAAGGAAAGCGCUGCUGGCGCGGGGGACCCUCAGGGUGCAGCGGGGACAGGGAGGCCCUCGAGCCGCCGCUGCCAUGCCGGUGACGGUGACAGUGACACUGCCCGGCCCGGCCCCGUGGGGCUUCCGCAUCUCCGGGGGAAGAGAUUUCGGGAAGCCCAUCACCGUCUCCAAGGUGACGGAGCACGGGAAGGCGGCCGCGGGUGACCUCCGGCCGGGGGAUGUCAUUGUCACCAUCAACGGCGAGAGCGCGGCCGAGAUGCUCAACGUGGAGGCGCAGAACAAGAUCAAGCAGAGCCCGGGGCAGCUCCGGCUGCAGGUGGAGAGGUCCCCGGUGCCAUCUCCCAGCCACACCAACGGGGACACCUCACUGGAGAGGUUGGCCACGCAUUUCCAGGACACGCUGUGGAUGCCGAGUGAGAGUCAAAGUGCCCUGAGGACCCUCGACCCCAGCCUGGCAUCCCUCACCCACCCAGCUGGCAGUGCCAGCUCACAGCCCUCGGAGCAGGAGUUCACCUGUCCCGGCCUCCGCCAGGAGCGACGCCUGAGCCGCCAGAGCAGCUCCCCGGGAGCCGUCCUGCCUCCGCCCCCCCGCCCACCCUCACCGGAGCUCGGAGCCCCCCAAAACCCCCGGGCAACCCCCAGGGAGAGGCGCCUCUCCUCCCCCUCCGCCAGCACCUGCCACAGCCAGGGCUCGGAGCCGGCCAUGAGGCGCUUGGAGGAGGACUCGGAGGUCUACAAGAUGCUGCAGGAGAACCGGGAGCUGCGGGCGGCCCCGCGGCAAUCCAGCACCUUCCGCCUGCUCCAGGAGGCGCUGGAGGAUGAGGAAGGAGGAGGGCCCGCAGCCCCCUUCCCCAGCCGGCUCUCGGCCGGGGCCCGCAAGCCCGUGGCCGGGGUGCAGAAGCUGCACGUCUGUGAGAAGUGCGGGAGCAGCAUCGCGACACAGGCGGUGCGGAUCCAGGACGGCCGCUACCGCCACCCGUCCUGCUACACCUGCGCCGACUGCGGCCUGAGCCUGAAGAUGCGCGGCCACUUCUGGGUGGGGGACGAGCUGUUCUGCGAGAAACACGCCCGCCUGCGCUACCAGGGACCCCCGGGGGGGCCCGUGCCCCGCCCCGUGUCCCCCCGCUCCUGAGCCCAGCAUCCCCCGUGACCCCAGGGCUGUCCCACCCCGCCGCGGCAGGGCUGGGCUGGGGGCUGCGGGCGCUGCCAGCCUGGGGAUGAUGGGAUCGGGGGGGACGCCAUGCAGCCUCCCCCUCCGCGGGUGUGUGUGACGAGCUGGGUGAGUUCUCAGCCUGGGGGACACCGAGGGGACACUGGGGAGGGUUGGCUUGAGCACUUGGGUACCGGAGAGGGGCUGGCACCGCUUGUGCACUGACUGCAAAGGGCUUCUCCGAGGAAUUAAACCAGAUUCUUUUCAAAUAUAAUAUAUAUUUGCUGCA